CUACUAAAAUUUUAUCCAAAACCUUAUUCUCAAACAAAUAAAAAUAGGAAUAUGAUGGAGUAACAUGGCAAGGCGAAGUAUGGGUUGAGACGAGAGUAACAAACACGUGGGCACACGUGUGUUUAAAGUGUGAAAAGGAAAUGAAAGUGAAGACGACGACGCACUCGCUGCAUUUCCAGCCCGGCGCUUAGCUGGAAGCAUCACCGCGCCGACUCAGUCCACCACGCCUCCGCCUUCUCUCUCCGCCGCGUUCCAGAAGAAAACCAUCUUCUUCUUCUUCACUAGGAAGCUGCCGAGAUGCACCGCAGUCCCGCCCUUUUUCUUCUCAUCGCCUUGUGUGCGAAUCGGACUUCAUCGGCCGCCGUUCCCAGCCGCCGCGUUCUCCAUCAGCCCUUUUUCCCCGUGGAUUCUCCACCUCCGGUCCCUUCCCCUCCGGCCACUGCCUCUCCGGAAUAUCCUUUCACUUCUCCUGUCUCCGAUGAUGCUCCUUUCUCCCCGCCUUCUCCGGGUGCACUUGCUAAUGUCCCCGCGAACGCCACUUACCUCAGCAUUCCUCGUGUUUCGCAACCCAAGUCGCCGUCCCUGAAGCGCAUCUCCACCGCGAUCGCCUGCUCCGCCGCAGCUCUGGCCGUUAUCGCCCUCUCCGUCGCCGGAUUCCUGCAUUUCCGGAAGAAGGGGGAGUCAUACUAUCCAGGUGAGUCCAAAACACACGGAUCCGAUUUCAGUAACCGAUCGGAUGUUGGUAAUAAUGAGGGUGCCGGAGCUGGUGCUAACCGGCAGGCUCUUCCCAAGCUCCGGAGGCCGUCUCAUCCCAGUUCCGAGUUUCUCUAUUUGGGCACUCUGGAUCCGAAUUCUCGCGGAGGAAUCGAAUCCCCUGCUCCAGCUUCGAGAAAAAUAGACUCCCCGGAGCUUCUCCCGUUGACCCGGCUUGACGGGCUGGGUUUCAGGCAGAAGUAUACCAACGCACAGGGGGUUCCCGUAACGGACGGCGAGGGUGAGGAGUUUUACUCCCCGGGAGGAUCGUCGAUGACAAUCGGAUCGGGUAUCGGGAGAGCUGUCGGCGCGACUGAAGUCGAGAAUUCCGGUGGUGGGUCCACUUCGUCUUCUUCAUCUUCAUACACUUCGUCUAGUUCCGGAUCCGGCUCGCCCAGGAGGUCUGUCUCACUGAGCAUCUCGCCUCAGCGGCCGUCGAUUUUAAACCCUAAACGCACUAUUCCCAAGUCGCCGGAAUUGGUGGCUGUUCAGAUCAUUCCUCCGGCACGGGCUCAAUCUUUUCCAUCUCACUUCCCCGCGAGAGAUUCUCAGUCACCUUCAUUGGCCACUUCAUGCUCGCCGGAGAUACUUUCUGUCAGAAGCAUUGGAUCAUCUCCGAUAAUAUCAGGAAUUUGGGAUAAAAAAACACAAUCUCCCGCAAAAACCAGCAGUCCUAGUCUGGGUUCUCCGGUGGAAUCUCAGGCGAUCCCACCACAUCAUUGCGUCUCUGUCUCUGCUCCACCACCACCUCCUCCACGGCUACCGGUAGCUCCCCUGCCUCCCAAAGUCAAACAUAGAGAAAAUCCAAUUGCCCCUAUCCCUCCAUCUCGAAGGGCAACCUCUGAAUUGACUCCAUUAUUGCCCACAACAGCUAAGAGUGAAGAAGUGUCUUCAAGUGAAAAUGUCCAGAAAACGAAACUGAAACCAUUGCAUUGGGAUAAAGUGAGAGCAAGUUCUGAGCAUGAAACUGUGUGGGAUCAUCUCAAAUCAAGCUCUUUUAAGGUGAAUGAGGAGAUGAUCGAGACAUUGUUUGUCGCUAAUGCCCCAAAUCCAAAGCAAAUGGAAACAACUCGGCGUUCUCUUCUUCACUCCCAGAACCAAGAACACAGGGUUCUUGAUCCGAAGAGGUCACAAAACAUUGCAAUCUCACUGAGGGCCCUAAAUGUCACCAUUGAGGAAGUAUGUGAAGCUCUUUUAGAAGGAAAUGUUGAUGCCCUUGGAACUGAGGUUCUUGAGAGCUUGUUGAAGAUGGCACCAUCUAAAGAGGAAGAGAACAAGCUUAGGAAGUAUGCAGAUGAUGACGAUUCGCCAUUCAAGCUUGGACCAGCUGAGAAAUUUCUCAAGGCAGUACUUGGUGUACCUUUUGCCUUCAAAAGAGUGGACGCAAUGCUUUACAUCUCAAAUUUCGACUCCGAUGUUGACUACCUCAAAAAGUCAUUGAAAACUCUCGAGGAUGCUUGCGAGGAGUUGAGGAGCAGCAGGAUGUUUCUGAAGCUUCUAGAAGCUGUUCUGAAAACCGGGAACCGGAUGAAUGUGGGGACGAACCGUGGAGAGGCACACGCAUUCAAGCUCGACACUCUCCUCAAGCUGGUCUACGUCAAAGGGACCGAUGGCAAAACCACCCUCCUGCAUUUCGUGGUCCAGGAGAUCGUGAGGAGCGAAGCUGCUAAACUCUCCUCUCCAAGCAAGCACCAAACCCCACCAGACCACCGCAAAUUCCUGAAGCUCGGCCUCCAGCAGGUCUCCAGAAUCUCGUCCGAGCUGACGAACGUGAGGAAGGCCGCGGCCAUGGAUUCAGAAGUCCUCCACGGCGACGUUCUGAAGCUGUCCGAAGGGAUGGUGAAGAUCUCCCAGAUGAGUGGGGGCAAAAUGGACAGAAAGUUUUCGGAAUCGAUGAAGAGGUUCAUGGAAGUGGCAGAGGAGGAGAUCGCUAAGGUGCAGGCGCAAGAAAGCGUUGCCCUGUCCCUGGUGAAGGAGAUAACUGAGUACUUCCAUGGGGAUUCUGCCAAGGAAGAAGCCCACCCUUUCAGGAUCUUCACUGUGGUGAGGGAUUUCUUGGUGACGCUGGAUCGCGUGUGUAAGGAAGUGGAAGCCAUGAAUGAGCUGACUGAGAGUAAGUAUUCCUCUGGUUUCUGCUAAUGGAUUCCCAGUUCCUGCAAAUCCCUCCAUGGGAGAGAGGAGGGCACUCCCCACUCCAACCUUUUGAUCAUCACUAUUUACUGCAGGGUAGUUUUUUUUUUUUAACCCAAUUGGGCUGACAUGAUACCAUACCUAACCUCAGCUAAAAUGUGCAUUUACAUUUUAGGAA